CUUUUUUUGGCCGGUUCAGUCUUUAGACACUUUUAACUUACAGUAGAGGGCACGGAGCGGUGUCUCAGUUAUCGGCCCUAAUUCCUUCGAGUCGAUCACAUAUCCCGACUGCACAGCACCCCCGAGGGUCGCCAGCUUUUCGUCUCGUCCAAAACCCUCUCCGAAGCAUCGCUUUUUGAAUCUUUCGAUACAACAAUGAGACGGUGAUGCCAGACAAGAACAACGAGAAUCCAGAGACAAGAGAUAUCAGCAAAAUGAAAGACAAGGAGUUUAGUGAACGGGAGAAGUUCCUCUCGGAGCCUGCGCCCCAUCAGCCACCGGGCGACAAUGGCAGCAAGGGUAGUGCACUCUCGCAACUCGAGAACAAUCCUGGUGCUGCUGUUCUGGCCUACUGUUUUUCAUCGAUCAGUAUGACGGUUGUCAACAAAUAUGUCGUUUCCGGCUCAUCGUGGAGCUUGAAUUUCUUGUAUCUGGCCAUUCAGUCCAUGAUCUGCACGGCUGCAAUCCUGGUUUUGAAAAACAUGGGCAUGAUUCCAAAGCUGGCUGCCUUGGAGAGCAGCAAGGUCAAGAAAUGGCUCCCCGUGUCCGUCGUCUUCGUCGGCAUGAUUUACACCAGCACCAAGGCGCUUCAAUUUCUAUCGGUUCCAGUCUACACGAUUUUCAAGAAUUUAACCAUCAUCGUCAUUGCUUAUGGUGAGGUCCUAUGGUUUGGCGGCAGCGUUACUCCACUACUUUUGCUAUCGUUCGGCUUCAUGGUGCUCAGCUCUAUUGUUGCUGCAUGGGCAGAUAUACAAGCUGCACUGCAGGGCGUCGGACAUUCGGUCGAAACCACCGCUGCCAUUUCGACCUUGAACGCCGGCUAUUUCUGGAUGGGGCUAAACGUCUUCUGCACUGCGUCGUAUGUUCUGGGCACGCGCAAGUUCAUCACCUCACUGAACUUCAAAGAUUGGGAUACCAUGUUCUAUAACAACCUGCUCUCCCUCCCCAUAAUGAUUAUCUGCUCUCUGAUCACCGAGGACUGGUCUGCGGCCAACUUUGCGAAGAAUUUCCCCGCCGAGUCACGGAACAAUAUCAUGAUUGGCAUGUUCUACUCUGGUCUGGGCGCCAUCUUCAUCUCGUACUCUUCUGCCUGGUGCAUUCGCAAAACCUCAUCCACAACGUACUCGUUUGUUGGUUAUCUGAACAAGCUUCCUCUUGCCAUCAGCGGCAUCGUCUUUUUCGAUGCUCCUGUCACAUUUGGCAGUAUCUCGGCUAUUCUGCUGGGCUUCUUCAGUGGCCUUGUCUACGGCUAUGGCAAGAUGAAGCAGAAAGAGCAGUUAAAGCAGGUUCUUCCGACCUACCAACCGGUCAUGAGCGCCAGUUCUCAGAGUCAAAAAGAUGCUUCCAGAUCAUGAGCCAAUUAUGACUAGGCCCCCAGGAAGGACCAAGCACUUUUAUGGAUUGAGACCGUUUUCAUGUGCUGCGCCAUGACCUAUUUAUGCGAUCGUCUUUGUGGACGAGGCAAUCAGAUUCGAGUACAAUAUCUUUGACUUCUGGGUUUCAAGGUGUGUACUCCGCAACUAUGUAUAUAUUGAUGUUUGUAUAUUAGAGAUAGAUUUGUUCUGAAGCUAUGUUUGCAGAUAGCGCGUUUGGCAGCUCGGCGAGAAACCAGCUCCAGAUCGUCCUAUUUCCCAAUACUUGUUUCUCAAGGUCCAAGUCCAGAUCAGAGAUGACCCUGAGCAUCGAAAAGCACUGACUCAUGACACGUUUCCUGAAUGUUCGACCAUAACAUGAGGCUUCUGUACACCCAGACGUCCACGUCGCAGCUGUCUUACCUGGUGUAUUGCCAGGAUUACUCGGAAUUCUUUGCA